AUGGGUCAGAACCAAUCUUUAGGUAAUAUGGAUAAAGAUCCAAAUAAAAAGGAUCAACAAAAACCAAAAUAUCAAGCACCACCACCACCAACACAAUUUGGAAAGAAAAAGAGAAGAAGAGGAGCAGAGACUAGUACAAAGUUACCAGUUGUGACACCACAUACCAAAUGUAAAUUAAAGCAAUUAAAACUCGAACGUAUAAAAGAUUAUUUGUUGAUGGAACAAGAGUUUCUCCAAAACUAUGAACUCAACCAACCAAAGGGCGACGACAAGGACAAGACUGACGAAAAGAUGAUCGACGAGAUUAGAGGCGACCCACUGACGGUCGGUUCGCUCGAAGAGGUGAUUGACGAUAAUCAUGCUAUCGUGUCGAAUGCAGUGGGACCCGAACACUAUGUACGUAUCAUGUCGUUUGUCGACAAGAGCAAACUGUUCCUCGGCGCCACCGUCCUCCUCCACAACAAGACAUUGUCGGUGGUCGGUGUCAUUGACAGCGAGGUCGACCCCAUGGUCAAUGUGAUGAAGGUUGAAAAGGCACCACUCGAGAGCUACAGCGAUAUUGGUGGGCUCGAGACACAGGUGCAAGAGAUGAAAGAGGCUGUCGAGCUGCCCCUCACUCACCCCGAGUUUUACGAAGAGAUUGGUAUCAAGCCACCCAAAGGUGUCAUUUUGUAUGGUGAGCCAGGUACCGGCAAGACACUGCUCGCCAAGGCUGUGGCCAAUCAGACAUCGGCCACCUUUUUGCGUGUCGUCGGCUCGGAACUCAUCCAAAAGUAUCUUGGUGACGGACCCAAGCUCGUCAGAGAGUUGUUCCGUGUCGCCGAAGAAUUGGCACCAUCCAUUGUCUUUAUCGACGAAAUUGAUGCCGUCGGUACCAAGCGUUACGACAGCACAUCGGGUGGAGAGCGUGAAAUCCAACGUACCAUGCUCGAGUUGCUCAAUCAACUCGACGGUUUUGAUGCUCGUGCCGACGUUAAAGUCAUCAUGGCCACUAACCGUAUCGAAACUCUCGACCCUGCCCUCAUCCGUCCCGGUCGUAUCGAUAGAAAGAUUGAAUUCCCAUUGCCAGACAUCAAGACCAAACGUAAGAUCUUUGAAAUCCACACUGCCAAGAUGAACCUCUCUGAGGAUGUCAACCUCGAAGAGUUUGUCAUGUCCAAGGACGAUCUCUCUGGUGCCGAUAUCAAGGCCAUUUGUACAGAAUCUGGUUUACUUGCCCUUCGUGAACGUCGUAUGCGUGUCACUCAUACCGAUUUUAAAAAGGCAAAAGAAAAAGUUCUCUAUCGUAAAACUCAAGGUGCUCCUGAAGGUUUAUAUAUGUAA